GAGUUUGUAAAGUAAGCCGCUGAGGCUUGGUGGUCUCCUUGUUCCCAGCAACUCGCCAUACAGCUAUCCUUCUCAUUUUUCUACAAUAAUGUCGCUUUUACAUCCUCUACGACGCUCUUGUAUUCGUCGGACACCAACCUGUCUUCGUUCUUUGGCCACACCAUCAUCUUCAAAGCCGAAAUUCAGUGAUAAUCUUGCCAGCGGGCCCUCAUUAGAUGAUUUUAUAUCUGGGGAAGAAGUGACAGAACGUGUGGUCCUUGGAAACACUAAAGGACCUCGGUUACCUGGUUUCCUGAAAACGAAACCACCUUCCGGAUCGUCCUUUAACAAGAUAAAGAAGGACCUUAGAGGUUUGGGUCUUCAUACCGUAUGUGAAGAGGCUCGCUGUCCCAAUAUCGGCGAAUGUUGGGGUGGCAAAGAGGGUGUGAGCGAAGCAGAGGGCAAAAGGGCUGCCACUGCCACAAUCAUGCUGAUGGGUGACACAUGUACUCGUGGCUGCAGAUUCUGUUCGGUGAAAACCUCUCGUGCUCCCCCUCCAUUAGAUCCACACGAGCCUGAGAACACAGCAGAAGCAAUCAGUCGAUGGGGUCUAGGCUACAUUGUUCUGACAAGCGUUGAUCGUGACGACCUUGCGGACGGUGGAGCACGUCACUUUGCUGAAACAAUCAUAAAGAUCAAACAGAAAGCUCCACAUAUCCUAGUAGAAGCACUCACGGGCGAUUUUGCCGGCUCUUUGGCUGGAGUGUCCACUGUAGCAAAGUCGGGUUUGGACGUAUAUGCACAUAAUGUAGAAACAGUGGAGGCCCUCACCCCAUAUGUACGAGACCGGCGAGCAACUUUCCGACAAAGUUUAAAGGUAUUAGAACAUGCGAAGAAGGAAGGCGUGCGGAUUACCAAGACGAGUAUAAUGUUGGGUGUCGGUGAGAAUGAGGAGCAGCUUAUGGAUGCUUUACGGGAACUCAGAAAGGUCGACGUCGACGUCGUUACAUUUGGUCAAUACAUGCGACCAACAAAACGGCAUAUGAAGGUUGAUCGUUACGUCGAGCCAGCUGAAUUUGACCGAUGGAGGCAGGUUGCUGAGGAUAUGGGCUUCUUAUACGUAGCAAGUGGACCCCUCGUGAGAAGUAGCUAUAAGGCUGGUGAAUUCUUUAUAGAGAAUGUGUUGAGAGGAAAGGGCUCUCAGAAAAAGGCCCAGGAUCUCAUAGCCAAGGAAGCUACUGAUACUUUAUCAACCAGUUAGACAUAUAUAAUGUGUAUAUUUUACCCUCUGAUAGCAAGAAUAUUGGCUCCCCACUUUCUAAAAAAAAGAAAAAAAAGGC